AUGACGAGUUACUACGACCGCGCGCGCGGGAGCGUCGCCAUCGGAGGGUCUCUGGGGUCCGGGGAUAAGACGAAGAUGGCGGCGUCGAGGUUGUUUCAGAAAUCGUUGCGGGACAUGAUCACGGGCAUUCGCGCGCACAAGGAUGGGCAGAGAGAAUUCAUUAAUAAGUGCCUGGUGGACGUGCGAACGGAGGUGCAGUCGUCGGACGUGCGAACGAAAGCGGUGGCGAUCGAAAAGGCGACGUACUUACACUCGUUGGGGCACUCGAUGCACUGGGCGUCUUUUCACGUCGUGGAGUUGAUGUCGACGCAAAACGUAAAGUAUAAGCGCGUGGGGUAUCUCGCGGCGUCGCAGAGUUUUGGGGACGACACCGACGUGGUGUUGCUGAUUCCGAAUUUGUUGAAGAAGGAUUUAGCCUCGCCGAAUCCCGCGGAGGCGGCUUUGGCGUUGACGUGUCUCGGGAACAUCGUGACGCCAGAGUUGUCGCAGACGUUGGUCGCCGACGUGUACUCGUUGUUGAACAAUCACAAACCGGAUUUACGACGACGGGCGUGUUUGUGCCUGUACAAGUGUUUCUUGAGAUAUCCCGAAGCGCUGCGGCCGUCGUUCACGCGAUUGACGGAAUGUUUGGACGACGACGAUCAAUCCGUCGUCCAGGCGGCUGUCACCGUCUUGUCCGAACUCGCGAUGCACAACCCGAAGACGUACUUACCGCUCGCGCCAAAGUUUUACAAGCUUCUCACGUCGUCGUCGUCGAACUGGAUGACGAUCAAGUUGGUGAAAGUUUUCGGCGCUCUGGCGCCGCUCGAACCGAGGUUGGCGAAGAAGCUCGCGGGGCCGAUUUCGGAAAUCUUGGAGACGACAUCCGCGAAAUCGCUCAUGUACGAGUGCGUGCGCACGGCGGUGAUGGGAAUGACGAGUCAGGAGAAGGUAAUUCGCCAGGCGGUGGAUAAAUUGAAGGAUAUGCUCGAGGAUCACGAUCCGAACAUCAAAUUUCUCGCCCUGCACGCGCUGACGUAUUUGUUGGACUCGCAUCCGAGAAUCGUCGCCGAGCACAAGGGGAACAUUUUUGAGUGCCUCGAUCACGAGGAUUCGAACAUUCAGUACUGCGCGCUAAAGAUUGUGUGCGGGUUGGUGACCAAGCGCACUUUGAUCGACACCACGUCGGUUUUGAUGAACUGCAUGGGCAAGGCGGAUCAACGCUUCCGCGACGAGCUCGUGUCGAGCGUGAUUCGAAUCUGCAUGAAUGAGCGUUACGCCCUGGUCACCGACUUUGUGUGGUAUCUCAGCGUUUUGGCCGAUCUCAUCCGCGUCCCGUGCUCUUCGCACGGCGCGUUAAUCGGCGAGCAAAUCAUCGACGUGUGCCUGCGCGUCGAGGUCAUCCGCGAAGCCGCCGUCGGGAUCUUGGCCCCGCUUUUGCUCGACGUCUCUUUGCUCGAGCCAUCCAACGUGAACAAAACCGUACCGAGCGCGUUGAAAGCCGUCGCGUGGGUCGUCGGCGAAUACGCGCAUCACAUCGUCGACCACGAAGAAAUUUUGGACGCCCUGCUCAACCCGGCGGUGAAGCAACUUCCGGGCGACGCGCAGGCGGUGUACGUCCAAGCCAUCUUCAAGGUGUACGCGAGCGCGGUGUUGAACUACUCGCGAGGAAUUCGACCGACGGGCGCGGUCGGGGCGCUUCCGGCACCGGAACCGUUGAUCGAUAUCUCCGUCGAUGACGACACGGCUGCGGCGUCGGGUGCCGCGAGAGACGGCGCCGGCGUCACCCCGGGUACGCUCGUUCCGGAGAGCGAAGACUUGAUCGAGUUGCGCGAUAAGGUGUCUCGCCGCAUCGAACCCCUCACGACGAGCUUCAACUUGGAGGUGAGAGAGCGAAGCUGUCAGUUGCAAAAAAUGCUCGGCAUCGUCGGCGCCGCCGAGCGCUCCGAACCCGGUUCGGGGAUCGCCAUCAUCGAGGCGUUCGCGACGGUGAUGAGCGACGAGAUUCAACCCGUCUCCGUCAAGGCGCAGCGUAAGAUUGAAGUUCCCGCCGAGCUCUUGGACGACGAACCGAUGAGCGCAGAGUGGGAUUACCUCCUCGUCAGUAGUGAUGAGGAAGAGGACGACGAGUACGCGAGCAGAAAGGGCAAGAAGAAGGGCAAGAAGAGCAAAUCCAAGGAUAAGAUGUCCAAGGAUCUGCGCGAGGUCGCGGAGAUCUUCGGGGCGAAGAAGACGAAGGAACAAGUCGCCCGAGAAGAGCGCGAGAGUCGAGAGAUGCUCGCUAAGCACAAGGAAAAGAUGGGACAGUACUACCUCGAAGGUGAGACGGGCGCGGACAAGGAAAAAAAGAAGGGACCGCCGAAGUCGCUUCCGGGUCCGGAGUCCGCGGCGAUGCUCGCCUUGGAGGCGCGAUUGGCGAGCCACGCCGUCGGCCAAACCGAGCGACCCGCCAUCAAGGGCGAGAGCGACAGCGAGAGCGAAGAGGAAGAACAGGUCAUCGCCGUAAAGAAGGGGAAGAGCUACGAUCCAAAGAACGCCUCGUCGCGCUUACACGGCGAACUCGAGGCGUACAAUCCGCUGAAGCCGCUCGAACGCAACGAACACCUUCCCACGGUGGAGGCGUAUCCGCGUUUCGAUCCGUACUCACAGGACGAAGCCGCGUUCAACGCCUUCGCCCCGAGUGGUGGCGACGCGAGAUCCCAUCACAAGGAUAAGAAGGAUAAGAAGAAGCGCGAUAAGAAGAAGAAGGAUAAGGGCGCGGGGGGCGAGGACGGCGAAUCCAAGGAGAAAAAGCCAAAGAAGGAGAAGGGCGCCGGCGAGAAGAAAUCCGGCGGCACAAAGAAGAAAUCCGGCGAGAAGAAGACCGUCGACGUCGAUGCCUUGGCUCAAAGUCUCAUGGACGCUAAGGUUUGA